AUGAACAGAAGAACGAUUCAGAGAAAAUGGCUAUUUGGAAUUCUAGUGGCGCUUUCAUUUUUUUCUUUUAUACAGUAUCGCAGAUCUCUUUCAAGUUCGAAGAUUCUCCAUGAGCGAGAUUACAGGGAAGAAAUCGAAAUCACCGAAAUUUUCACUGCCCCAAAAACCGCUUCGAAAACCUGCCAAAAACCCGUCGAGGACAUCAUUUUCGUCAAAACCCACAAGACCGGCUCAUCAACUCUCCAGAACAUUAUCCGAAGAUUCGGAAUGAAGAAUAAUUUGCCAAUUGCCAUGCCUGUUUCUGACGGAAAUCGCUUCGAAUACCCUUAUUUCUUCAAAACAACUUUUAUUAAAAACUUCCGUCUGGGCAGAAACCGCGGAUUAUUGCGAAUCAUUUACGAGCGUCGAGAGAAUUCCUUCUACUCUUCUCCCGAAAGAUUCUGGAACGCAGACGAGCCAUAUGGAAACAAAGGAAAUGAUGUUUUCGCGCGAAACCAUAUGGCCUUCGAUCUGGGCAUGCCAUGGCUCAGUGAAAACAACGAGGAAAAUAUUUUGCAAGCGCUUGAGCAAACAUUUGAUUUGGUCUUGCUGACAGAUUAUUUCAAAGAAAGCAUGGUCCUUCUCAAGAAAGAACUUUGCUGGGAGUGGGAGGAUGUCCUAUUUUUCGUCACAAACGAACGAUCAGAAAAGCAGAAACUCUCACCGGAGCUAGAAUCGAAAAUGAGAAGCUGGAAUCAUUUGGACAACGCGAUCUAUGAACAUUUCAGCAAAGUUUUCUGGCAGAAAAUUGACGACUAUGAAGGAUUUGGAGAAGAUUUGAAGAUUUUGGAGGAAAAACUUGAUGAAGUUAAAAAGACUUGUUUGGAGAAAGAAUUUAUUUGUGAGGAAAAUGACCUUCAGUGUCAGUUUUCUUACGAUCAAGUCAAGAUCAAAAAUUAUCAGUUGUCGAAAGAAGGCGAAAAACUGGAGCUUUGUCGACUUAUGGUCAUGCCAGAACUUGAAAUGUCAAUAAAGAUCUUCGAGUCCCAGUGGACCGGCUGGUACGAUCUUUAUGACGGCCAGGUUUGA